AUGUCUGGUGUGGAAGCUCCUCUGCGUCCCAAAAGAAAGAAAGUUUUGGUGGACUAUCUGGUCCGGUUCCGAUGGAUCGUUGUCGUCUUUGUGGUGCUUCCCGUCUCUUGCUUCAUCUACUUCAGACUGUUUCUUGGCCAUGUGAGAUCUGCCAUGAAGUCCGACGAGCGUCGCCGGAAAGAACAUGAGGAGAACGUUCUCAAAGUUAUCAAGCGCCUCAAGCAGAGAGAUCCAACGAAGGAUGGCCUCGUGUGCACGGCCAGGAAACCAUACAUCGCGGUUGGCAUGCGUAAUGUCGAUUACAAGCGCGCAAGACAUUUCGAGGUCGAUCUCUCUGCGUUCAGGAACAUUCUUGAGAUCGACAAGGAGCGGAUGAUCUCUAAGGUGGAGCCGCUUGUUAAUAUGGGUCAGAUCACCCGAGCUACGAUUCCCAUGAACCUCUCGCUUGCGGUCGUUGCAGAGCUUGACGAUCUCACUGUGGGUGGCCUUAUCAAUGGUUAUGGAAUCGAGGGGAGCUCACACUUGUAUGGGCUCUUUUCUGACACGGUCGUCGCCAUGGAGGUUGUGCUUGCCGACGGCCGACUUGUGAGGUGUACCAAGGACAACGAGCAUUCCGAUCUUUUCUACGGGAUCCCCUGGUCUCAAGGAACUCUGGGUCUCAUGGUUUCUGCAGAGAUCAAACUCAUACCUGUUAGGGAAUACAUGAAGGUUAUCUACACCCCGCACCGGGGAACCUUGAAGGAACUCGCGCAGGCUUAUGCAGACUCGUUUGCUCCCAGAGAUGGGGAUUCAUCAAGGGUUCCGGACUUCGUUGAGACGAUGAUCUAUAACCCCACCGAGGCUGUCUGCAUGACCGGGAAGUAUGCUUCCGAGGCAGAAGCCAAGAAGAAGGGCAAUGUCAUCAACAGCAUAGGGUGGUGGUUCAAGCCCUGGUUUUACCAGCAUGCACAGACAGCGCUGCAGAGGGGAGAGUUCGUGGAGUACAUACCCACCCGAGAGUAUUACCAUAGGCAUACCAGAUCUCUGUACUGGGAAGGGAAGCUGAUCCUGCCAUGCGCAGACCAGUGGUGGUUCAGAUGGUUCUUGGGCUGGUUGAUGCCGCCAAAGGUCUCCUUGCUCAAGGCCACCCAAGGUGAAGCUAUCAGGAACUAUUACCAUGACAUGCAUGUGAUCCAGGAUCUCCUGAUUCCUCUGUACAAAGUUGCAGAUGCUCUCGAGUUUUGCCAUUGUGAAACGGAGCUAUAUCCAGUAUGGCUCUGCCCCCAUCGGCUGUUCAAGCUUCCUCUGAAGACGAUGGUGCAUCCAGAAACAGGCUUCGAGGACCAUCACCGGCAGGGAGACACGAGCUUCGCCCAAAUGUUCACCGACGUCGGUUUGUACUAUGCUCCAGGUCCCGUGUUCAGGGGGGAGGAGUUCGACGGCGCCGAAGUUGUCCGCAAGCUCGAGGAGUGGAUGAUUCAGAACCACGGUUUCCAGGCGCAGUACUCCGUCUCGGAGCUCACCGAGAAGAACUUCUGGAGGAUGUUCGACGCGUCCCACUACGAGCACUGCCGUCGCAAGUACGGCGCCAUUGGCACUUUCAUGAACGUGUACUACAAGUCCAAGAAAGGGAAGAAGACGGAGAAGGAGGUGCAGGAUGCCGAGGCUGAGGCCGCCAUCGUCGAAGCCGACCGUGCUGAAGAAGAUUAG